UAAAUUGGAGCCAGCUUCUUACACAAUUCUACAGCAAUGGCGAGUCAAAUGUGGCCAUUGUCAGCUAUUGGCUUAGUGUUCUUAAUUUUGGGCGCAAAUGGCCAAAGCCCAACCGUUAUUUUGGACGGCCUCGGAACCGUCGUCGGAAAGGAAAUGACCACGAUCAACGGAAGGACCAUUCACGCAUUUCAGGGUAUCCCCUACGGAGAAUCCACCGCUGGAGCAAACAGGUUCAAGGCACCAAUUCCUAAACAAUGGAGUGGAACCUUUGACGCGACAAACCCGGGCGUUCCUUGCAUUCAGCCCGACUUUGGAAUUUUUAAACAGAGAACGGAAUCUCCCAAUCAAUUCGUGUCAAGCAGAUACGAAACCAUCGGUUCAGAAGACUGCCUCACUGUUCAAGUGUACACGCCUGAUCUCCAGCACAAUCAGAAUUUGCCGGUUCUUGUUUAUUAUCACGGAGGAGGAUUUUUAAAUGGGGACGAGAGCGAUUUCAGGCCUGAUCACAUUUUGGACAGAGAUGUUAUCUUAGUUGUACCCCAUUACAGGCUCGGAACGCUUGGCUACCUUUCAAUGCAAAAUGACUUGAUUCCUGGAAAUGCCGGUUUGCUUGAUUCUGUCGAGGCUCUAAGGUGGAUUCAGAGCCACAUUUCUAAAUUUGGUGGAGAUCCAAACAGAGUAACUGUUUCCGGACAGAGCACUGGAUCCACCCUUUCCCAUUAUAUGCUGAUCACUCCUUUGACUGACGGUAUGCUGCAUCGUGCUAUCAUGAUGAGUGGAUCAACUUUGACUACUCUCUCCUACGACCGAAACCCAGUCAAGAGCGCCAGAGACAUCGCAUCAUUUGCAAACUGCACAGGAACCGAUGACGAAGUUUCCCAGUGUAUCUUUAACCUUCCAGCACAGACACUGAUUGACGCCCACAUCAAUUACUACAGUGUUGGUGGUACUGGUGGAAUCCAACCAGUCAUUUCAAGGCCUGACGAACCUGAAGCAACCAAGGUGGUGCCGGACGAUCCAAAAGUGAUCGUUCAAAGUGGUAACUACAAAUCGGUGCCAAUACUGGCUGGCGCAACUCGACACGACGGCAUGUUUUACGUCAACUCUCUCGAUCUGAUUCUGAACGCGGCAAAUCUGGUUAACAACGAAUUUUUCAUUAGGAAGUUGCUCGCUCGCCAAGUUUUGGAGUUUGCAGGCAUAACGGACACUACUGGCUCUAUUACCGAUAUGUUGGAUCAUAAAUAUCUCUCUUAUGUCGGCACUGAUCAAAGGGGAAACUACACGGCACUGAUUCCAGGAUUGCUGGAUUUCCUCACAACUGAGUACAUGAAAGCGCCUGCGAAUCGCAUGGUCCAAAUCAACUCUCAAAAGGCGGACAGUUACCUGUACACUUUCAGCUAUAGAGGCCGAUACCACCUUAAUGGGAAUGGAAUCAACUACCCACCUACUCUAUUUGAGGAUGGCGUUCCGCACAGCGACGACAUGAUUUAUCUCACGCCCAGAAUUACUGAUCCAUUCAACGCUGAGGAACUGGGCAUGGUCAAUGUUUUAACCACGCUAUGGUCUAAUUUCGCCAACACUGGCAAUCCUAAUCUACCUGUGCAAAUCGGUCUUCCUGAAUGGCCCAGUUAUGACCAGAUUGACGAGUCAUAUUUCGAAAUCAACGUUAACAGCGUGGCUAAGAAGGACUACACGGAGGAAUUUUUGGUUGCAAUUAAUGAUAACUUGCCUUACAGCAGACAUGUGUAAUAAUUUUGUAAAAUAAAUUUUAAGAACGAUUUUCUAUCAA